AUGGCAUCCACAUCUGCUCCUCCUCCAUCCUCCUCAUCUUCGUGGCCCCCAGAUCCAAUUCCUCCCGUCGGUUACCUUAGUCGGAAGGCCCUUCCCAUUAAACGUAAUGACGCAGAGUCUCUCACGCGCGAGGACGUGCAGUACGAUCUCCUCAAUCAUAUUUUCUCCGACCAUACUGCCGUCUUCACUCCCCAGACUCCUGGAAAGGCCUCCAAACUCGCCUUCAAAGAUCUCUACAUCAAUGCCCUCUACAACUCGAGCAAAUGCUCAAAGGUCCUGAAAGAGAAGAUGGUCGAGACCCCCGCCUUCGCUCUCGAAUUCGCCAAGAUAUGCCUCCUCACUAAUGUCGGAAGAAUAAACACCACAAUGGCCUUCUUUCCAGAAAUGAAAACUGCUUUGCGAACAUACCACCCCGUUCCCUCACUCCAAAAGACCGACGGAAAUGCUCAAGAUGCACCGCGUAUUAAGAAUUGUCUCAAGGCCGCGUUACUCCCAUCUGAACUCAAAACUUUGCCUCCUUCCAGCCCGGACGAGAUUCUUCUCAAACUGCGAUCGGGGAAACGACCUCCGACGAGUGUCGUAAACUUGGUCUUUGUUCUGUCCAAUCAUGCGGCCCCUUUGGCCCGCGUUCAUUUCGAUGGAACAGUUAACUUUUUAGAUUUCUUUCUGCCCAAGCCGUUGGCCUCUGCAGAUCGAGCUAGAGCUUUUCUAUGGUUUAUGUAUCACUACCUUGAAUCCCCUGCAGGUCCUAAUCCUUUCGAUGACGAUUAUUCGCGGAAGCACCCCAAUAUGGCACCGUAUCUGCGGCCGUUGAGCCAAAGAGAAGCUUCGAGGGAGAAUGUGGACACCGAGGACGAGAUCAUAUGGGGAAACAUGAUGUCGAACCAACGGAACAUUUUCCUUCACAAAUUGGUCUCGUCGAUGGAAAGUGAUAAAAAGGCAAAGCCUGCGGCACCACACUUCGUUCCUGCCGCGCCAGAGGCGACACCCUCGAUGGGACAUCGAGCAGGUCAAGAACCUAACCGAGACGAAGCCCCAUUCAUGUUUUACGUCCCAGGGCGUGAGCCGACGCCAUCGCGCGAGGUGAAUGAGCAAGACGCCCCAUUGUUACUUCCAGAUCCCCAUCAUAGUCGUCGACAUCAAACAGAACCACACCAGCAAAAUCAGCCCCCAGUGGCCCCACCACAGUAUAUUCGACACCGUCAACCACCUCAACAGCAGCAACCCCUGCCACGACACCACACGAUUCCCAUCAUGCCCCGGUCCCAUACUCGUACCUAUAGUGCACCUAUUUCGAGGCAAGAAGAAGGUCGAUCAAUCGUUCAGCAGGCCUUCCAUAUGGCUCUAAACUCCGAUCCUUUACUGGACUCGGAUGAAGAGAACGCGGACGACAAUCUCCGGGUAGACUAUCGACGGCGACUUGACGUUCUCACACGCAUAAGAGGAAGACCUCCCACGCCUGAUCCAAUUCCACCGCAAGAACAGCACUUUUACAGUGCAAGGCUCCCAUAA